CGAGAGGGUGGGCGAAUGGGUGGAGGCGAGGCAAGCGAAGGGCAGGGGGUGAAGAAGAGAGAGCAGUACUUCGAGCCAGGCCGGUUAGGGGCGCUACACCCUGCCCAACAUGGCUGUCGCGGUCUGAUACUUCGCGCGAGUCACCACGCAUCCGAGCGCUCGUGCCAUAUCUGUUGCCAGGGAAAUCCAGCGAUUCGCGUAAGCGGAAAAAAUCACGCCACGAGAACGAAGAAAUUCGUCAAGCUGGCGCCGUUCAAGCUCCGUUUCUCGAAGAUGCUGAAGUCGCGCAGCUCCGGCGAUAGUCGCAGCGACAGCGUGGAAUCCGAGGAACAGCAAUCGAAGCAAAUUAAUCAAUCGUUGCCGUCGGGCACAGACGAGUUUGCGGAUGCACCCGAGGCGGAAACGGACAAAAAUUGUUUGUCGGUUAGAAACGAGCAGCCGAUCCCCAGCUCGCCCCCGCCCUCGUACGAGCACGUUCUCGAAGAGACACGAAUGGAAUCGUCAGCCAAUGCGCUACGAGAGGCGAGGGAGGAGGAGCAGGUUUCCAGUACAGAAAAGAGCACAGAGAACACCGAAGACGGGGGUGACGACGACGGGGGUGGCGGUCCCGGGGGUGGAAACAGGAAAAAGACCAAAGAACCGAAAAUACAUCAUAAAUCGAGCAAAGAGUUCUACAAGGCAAUGGCGAAGCAGUGGGGCAUAACUUGCAAAAUGAGCGAUCAUUGCAGAUGUUUGGAUUGCCAGAGCCACUACUUCGACUGCGACUACGAGAAGGACGAUAAGACGAAGGGUGACGGCGGCCUCAGCGCCGGCACGCCGAUGUUCAUCUCCGAGGUGAUGCACGGCACCGCAUGCGCCCUUCUGUAAAGCCGACGCGUUCUUCCGGUUCCGGUUCUCUUCCCUCGACUGGGGGAAAGACGUCUUGGCUGAUUACCACACGCACAAAACGGCAAUCAGCGCCUAAGGAACGAGGGGGAGCUUCUUCACGCAUUUAUAUUCUAUACAAAAUGCGCGCAGCGCGUCGGUGUAAGACGUCUACGCGUAUUUCAACGUAAGAAAAAGAGAGACGAAAAAAAAAAACCAGAAGCUACUCACGCGCGCGAUGAAAUGCAAGGGCCUCGCGUACGAUGGUGCAAAUUAUUUUAUGACGUUAGACUACUAAAACUGCGUAGAGCAACGCAGAGUACAUCUCAAGACAGGCGCUGUGUAUAAUUGCGCCGCUCUUGCGCGAAAAAAAAAAGCAAGAGAUUUAGUUUUUCUCCGCGUAAGAGUCGCCCACUUAUCGGACAUAAAGUAGAGUAGAAGGAGACGCGUUUGAGCGACGCAGCAAUUUUAAACAAUUCGAGUAUUACGCCUCUUCGUCGAGAGGGUUUUCGAUCAUCUUUCUACACUUUUGAAGAACUCUUUUACGAACCUGAAGAACACUGAACCUAUCUAAGAACAUAGUGAAAAUUUUUCUAUUGCCGUGUACUCGAACUGUUCAAAUAUCGUCUGACGUUCAAACGCGUCUCCGUCUCCCUUACAAAUUUAUUUUCUCAGCAUUCGAUGUAAUUAUGUGUCAUACUACCCUGCGAAGAGCCACAUUGACUAACGCAACGUUUUGCAAAACCAUUUUGUGGCAACUUUGCGAAAUUGGCGACGCCAGUCGUCCAUCCUUACUGUGACCGGCACUUAAAGACUAAACGUAGAAUGUCAUCGGAAUGCGCUUUAUUACUGUCAAUUGCAUUGCACUCGUUCCAAUUGGAAUUUUACGACAGAAUUUUACGAUGGGCAUAGAGAGAAACGAAAUAAAGCGCCUCAAUUCAAUAUUCAACUUUCAUUUUAGACCUCAUUGUUUCAGCAAUUCAUUAACUACGAAAUUAAUUUUUACAAUAUAUUUGACAUUUCUUUUUUUGAGAUACGAAGAAAUGGAUAGAAUGAGAUUUUAACUUAUAUCAAACUCUUAACUCUUCCGUUUAUUUAUUCAUCUGGCAUGCGCUCUAGCAUAUUAUAUGAAGAAAGAGAAUCUCCUCUCAUAUCAGGGCACGAAAAAUCUAAUAAAAUUCGCGUAUAUGCAUGCAAGGAAUCGGUGUUAUUUCGUUAUUGACAUACAUUUCUUUACAUAUUCUGCUGUUUAAAAAUUCAAAUGAUAAAGAUCGUCUUACGAUUGAAAUUGUUUUAACUCGGCUUAUGCAUUCAAAAUACAUUCAUGGUUAUUGAAUUCAUUAAUGUUUCAUAUAACACUCUAAUUACUUUACAGUUAUUACUAGUCGCGCUCAGCAGACAAAGCCGAGGUGAGUGAGCGCUCAGUGAAAUUUUAUUAUAAUUAGUUUUUAAAUCCAACGAGGAACUAAAA